UUUACUCUCAGCCAGCGCCGACCAUCCAUCAUAAGACGACGGUGCCGGGCGUCAGACUGCUGGUCGAGGAUGAGAAUGAGAGCUGGAAAACAAGCGGAAAUCAAGGCAAAUUCGAAGAUGCAUUGGUGACGCUCCUUUCCGUGGACCUGGACACCGAGGGCAGCUACCGCUGUGUGGCCACUGCUGAUGGCAUCUUUGAGGCGGUGCGCCAGCAGAUCACGGUCGCCGUUUUUAUUCCACCCACCAGCCCUCCAAAGAUGACCACUGCCCACCAGCGAACUUAUGGAAUUGGCGAUCGUGUCUCACUGGGCUGCACCAGCAGUCCCAGUCGGCCAAAAUCGAAAAUUAGCUGGUUCAUCAAUGACAUUCCAGUGCCGGAGGACUAUGUCAAGGAAGAGGUUUUGGACGUUCCAAAGAAAAAGAAAGAGGAAGAGAANAGGUCGUAA